AUUACUCCACUUAACACAUUAACAUGGUUGGUUGAUUGAGAUCAAAUCAAUUUUUCCGCAUUUUAAUCGCAUUCAUUUACAGAUGCUGCCUGUUUUAUUGCUUGUAUUAGUAGUAAAAUGUCAACACAUAAAAAGCUCAAAUGAAGGUGUAAAGAAUGUACCAUGUAAAGGAAUAUUACCAGGAUAUCAGGAACGACACACAGAUUCGGAACGGAAGUAUAUUGACGACGUGGUACUGGUUAGACCAGAUAUAUUACGACUUAACAUUGAAGAUAAAGAUAAUGCUAUAAAUGUUUAUGAUAAAGAUGAAAGUAUUAUUUCCUCAGUAGAAUCUUAUAAAGAUGGACUAAACAAUCAUGAUAAUCGAAAGAGCAUUAAUGAAGCAAAUAGAUUUUUGAGUUUAAACGCCGCACUAAAUGAGUUUCCAUUUUCUGAUCCUCUAAAGGGAUUUAAAUCGGUACAUCUAUCUAAACGCAAGAGAAGGGGACGAAAGCUAAAGCCGCCAAAGCCAACAAAGCCAGCUACCACCAAAAAGAAUAAACUAAAAACAACAACGGAGGAGACACGAUACGUUUAUAAAGUAACGGUAGAAAUCAAUCAUCAACAAGAACCCGCUAAUACACCACCUCCCAAGGAUGAAGAUGGUUCUGAGGAAGUUCCAUUGCUUAAAAGGUUAUUGGAUCUUGGGAUAUUUAGUGUUUUUAACUUUAAAUAAAUCAUGAUUUUACCAAA